CAUUUAUUCUUCACUUAUUUUGUGGCCCCAUUAAUAUAUUUCUCCUGGAUAUAAAUGGGGAGCUUCAUAUGAUCAAUAAUUUCAUACAUUAAUUCAUCAAACGAUUGAAAUUUUCUAUUUCUCUACCAAUAUUCAUGGAAACUAAGAAGGAAGAUGAAUCAGUCGUCGGUCUUGAUAAAAAUCUGUACGAAGCCCUGAUGAAGGGUGAAGGAGAGAAAGUGAUUGAAAUAUGCAAGAAAUACGAUGAAGGUCCACUUCAUGUUGUGACAAUCCACAACGACACCGUCUUGCACAUGGCAACUUAUUCCAAACAAAAACAUUUAGUCCUUAAUUUGCUCAAAAACUUGCCCGAUCACGCCAUGACCAAAAUCACAACCCAAAAUGGCAUUGGAAACACUAUUCUCCACGAAGCCGCAACUUCUAAUCGUAUUGUCCCUGCAGCCUUGUACAUGCUCGAGAGAGCUCCUGAUUUGUUGGAAAAACGCAAUAAACGUGGCGAGACCGCCUUGUUUAGGGCUGCUAGGUACGGCAAGGCCAUCAUGUUCCGUUUUCUAGAAGCACAAGUCAAAGAUUUCUUGAUUUCUAAAAAAUUUCAAGGAGAUGAGUUAGUGGAAGCUCGACUCAAAUUUUAUCAACGAGAUGAUAAGACAACCAUACUUCACAUUUCCAUCAUCACCGAACAUUUUGAUCUUGCUCUUCACAUUGCAAAAGAACACCCAUAUCUGGUGAACAGCAGAGAUGAAGAUGGGAUGACGGCUCUUCAACUUCUGGCUUGUAAUUCAUCAGCUUUCAAGAAUGGAAUCAAAAAGAAAUCAUGCUUUACCCGUCUCAUUCAAUCAUGUUUCUCUUCUGAAGUUACCAUGGUUAUAGAAGAAGAAGAUCAACCUUGUGUUAGAGUGCCAUUAUGGGAAGCAAUAAGGAUGAGAAAUCAUGCAUAUGAAACUGCAGUGGAUCUUGCCAAGUUCUUGAUACAGAGAGACACGUCAUGGAAGGAAACAGAGUCAGCAGUUGACAGAAGCAAACCCAAGACCCAUAAGUAUGGAUCCACCUCAUUUGCCUCCGAUGGAUCAGGAGAGAUAACUAUAACGGCGCCGGCGCAGGAUCAAGCAAUCCAACCACAAACAUCUUCAACGGUACUGAAGAAGAAGGCCCAGACUCCGUUGUUUUUGGCUGCCAAGUCUGGAAUCAGAGAGAUUGUGGAAGAACUCUUGCGGCUUUAUCCUCAGGCGGUGGAACAUAUCGACGAUGAAGGACGCAAUAUAUUGCACGUGGCUAUCAAGUAUCGACAAAUCCAUAUUUUUGGGAUCGUGGAGAAGAUGGGGAUUCCGAUGAUGAGAUUGAUCAGAAAGACUGAUAACGUUGGAAACUCUAUACUGCAUAUGGUGGGGAUGAAGGACGAUGAUCGGAAUGUUGAGGAUAUGAGAAGCCCUGCUCUUCUUUUGCAAGAGGAUCUUCUCUUGUUUGAGCGUGUAGAAAACAUAUCGAUGACCCAUUUCACCAAACAUCGAAACGACGCUGGCGAGACCGCUGAAGUCCUCUUUGCUAAGAACAACGACGUGCUUCGUAACGAAGCCAAGGAUUGGCUUCGCCGGACCGCAGAAAACUGCUCUAUUAUCGCGGUGCUAAUCGCGACUGUGGCAUUUGCAGCUGCCUAUACUGUUCCUGGAGGGCCGAACCAGAACACGGGGUAUCCUUUAUUGGAAAACCAUCCGUUCUUCGUAAUCUUCACCUUAACCGACGUUUUAUCUUUGACAUUGGCUUUAACUUCGGUUAUCGUGUUCCUAUCAAUCUUGACUUCGGGAUUCAGGAUGAAGGAUUUCAAGCAAUCGCUUACCCAGAAACUUAUGUUAGGGGUGACGCUCCUGAUCUUGUCUGUUUCGAUGAUGAUGUUGGCGUUUGCGGCCACAGUUGUUCUUUUGAUACGGAACAAGGAGAAAUGGACGAGAAUCGCGCUCUAUUCGGUGUCGUUUUUUCCGGUGUGCAUCUUUGCUAUCUCCUAUUUGCCUCUUUAUCUUUCUCUUAUGUCUACGUUCAAGUACUCCUUGAGAAAAUUGGCCUCUGCUUUUCCUCAUUUCUCCGGCCGUUCUAUUCGAGCUUGGUCUAAAAGUACCAUCCGUCCCCGAUGCCGCGCUGAUUAUCCGCCGCUAAAGAUCUCCAAAGAGUUUGUUUAAUUAAUUAUUGUUGUAUAUAAUCGUUAAUCAUCUCUUUCAUUCAUCGCUUGUGGUGGGUUUGGUGUGCUUUUUCCAAUAAAAAUAAGUGCUUAAAUGUA